AUGAUUUUUCGACAAUCAACUAAUAACAUAAAUCAUCGAAUAUCUUCAAAUAAAAUUUUAAUAAUUCUUGCUAUUGCUUAUGGUUUGAUCAUAGCACCUGGAAUUGCCUUUUUUAUUGUUGGUGAAAUAACAAAUAUUAAUUCUGAUAGACAUGGAUUUCCUAUAUUAGUAGGAAUAGUUAUUGCUUUGACUAUAAUUGGAUCAAUAGUUUUUGGUAGUGGAUGUUGUCUUAUACAAUCAAGAUAUGUUGCACGACUACGACAAGCCAUUGCUGAAGAAUUAAUACAAUAUUCAUCAAAAUCACCAAUAGCAUGUAGCUGGAGAUUAGAUAUUUCAAGAACAUGGUUCGGAACAUAUGGAUAUCAUCAUUAUAACAAUCAACUUGUUUAUCAUAUACUAAAACAUCUUGGUUUACUUGCUAUGUCGAAAAUCUUACAUACACAUUCAAAAAGUGUUCAAGUAACAAGAAAAGCUCUAAUAGAUAUCGUACAUAAAUUAAUGAUUCAUAUGGAUAAAUCUGAAGGAUCACUUUAUCGAGAUGAAUUACUUUCAAAAAUAAUUGAAAUAUGUAGUCAAAAUGCAAUUCUUCUUGAAAAUGAUUAUGUUUUUAUUCAUGAUUCAAAUUCUACAACUGUCUCCGAAGAUUUAUAUGCUGCUGCAUGGAUAUGUAGUGGAUUUUGUUCUGAAGAUGAAUCGAUAACAACAAGUUCAUAUUAUGAUAAUAAAGGUUUAUUUUAUGAUGAUAAUGGAGAAAAUUAUAAUUCUAAUUCAUACUCUGGUGAUACAUUAAGUUAUCAAAAAUCGAAAAAAUAUAUUGAAUCAACUGCUGAAGAAUUAGAAAAACAACGAGAAUCAAAAAAACAAAGUGAACAAAUGAAUUCAUUCUAUUUAAAAGAUUCAAAAACAAAACCAAAAUUGACAUAA